GGAGACGGGGAGGGAAUUGCGGAGGAGGAGGGCGACAGAGGUGCGACGUGGAAAGACUGAAAGCAAGUCUGUGGUUAACGGAUGUAAUCCGGCGCCACCAUGAAAACCUGCUGCCUGCACUCGGCGGAAUCUGACAGUGAACUCAGGCUUUCCCCCAGACCGGUUCCCCACUUAUGUUAGGAAGAAGUCACCAUGGACGAGGGGCUGGUCAUUACUUUUAUUUCCGUGGCGAUGUUUGUAGGUUCCUUUCUACUUGGAUUCAUCCCACUGUUGUUCAGGCUUUCUGAGAGGAGCCUGCGCUUCGUGUCUGUGCUGGGGGCAGGCCUGCUGUGCGGGACAGCACUGGCCAUCACCAUCCCCGAGGGUGUGGGCCUGCUGGAGGAUUCGUGGAGAGUAUCCUCCCCCUCUGAUGUACAAUCCGCCCUGAAUGCAACUGACAACAACGCAACCACCGCAGAUGGAGGCCCUCCACCCCGGUUCUACAUCGGGGUGGCUCUGACUUUUGGGUUCACCUUUAUGUUUGCCGUUGACCAGAUCGGAGGGCCCCAGUCGAACAGCCACCUCGUCACAGCCACGCUGGGGCUGGUCAUACACGCUGCAGCCGAUGGAUUUGCUUUGGGUGCUGCCGUGGCCACGGGUCAAGUGACAGUACAAGUCAUCGUGUUUUUCGCCGUCAUUCUACACAAGGCUCCUGCUGCCUUUGGGCUGGUCUCCUUCCUCAUGCACGCAGGCCUUGAGAAGAAGUACGUGCAGGGACAUUUACUGGCUUUUUCAGCGGCCGCACCAGUAGUGGCCAUCGCUACUUACUUCAUAUUACAUGCAUCCGGGAAUUCCUCUCAGAACCAGCUCAGUGCCACCGGUGUGGGGAUGCUCUUCUCGGCCGGGACUUUCCUUUAUGUGGCCACAGUGCACGUUCUCCCUGAGGUCAGCAGCUCCAGGGCGGCGCCAGCCCCCUCUGACUCUCAGCAGCAGCAGGGAGCGGCGCUCCACAGCCAGCGGCAGCUGGGGCUGAUGGAGAGCCUCACUCUUGUCCUCGGUGUGGGCCUCCCAGUAGUUUUGGCCCUCGGGCUGCACGAUGACUAAAGGGGCCACCAGCGGAGGGGCUUUGUGUGAAGACCCCUGCACCAACCACAUAACUGUGAGCGCCCAUCUACUGUGUAAACUUCCUUUUAAUUCUCCUGCCUGGUCAUCUGAUAUCGGCAGAACACGUUUGAGCCCUGCUAUUGUCCGCGUGCCCACAGAGCUGCAAGUGUGUUUUCUCAGAUGGCUGGGUUACCAUUGAAGGAAAACAAGAAGAGUAAUAACAUGUUGCCGAAACCUUUUGGCAAUGUGUCAUGUGCAAAGGUGAAAUUCCAGUAACCGGAUAGAUUGACAGGAAGAGUUCCCAAAUAACUUGACACUGUCUCGCAGACAAUAAGAGAUCUAGGUGACACAGGCUAAAUGCUUUUGUGCCAUUGUGUACAGUUUGGAGUUGUUUAGGUUAUAGAAAUACAAAGUAGUACAGUAUGUCACUACGUGAAAUGUAUGUGAAUCUUAACUGUACAAUCUAAGUUUUAGAUGCAUGUCUCCAACAAGGACACACGCAGUUAGCCCAUAACCUCUGUACAGCUGUUACAUGUGGAGAGGGAUCUUCCUCUGAUAAGAUCAAGGAUCUAAGUUUUAAUGACUCCUAUUGUUACUCUUUCCUUUCUUUUUUUGUGCACACAGACGACAA